AUGCAAGCCCAAUCCGCGGAGGGCUUUAACAGGCUCCCGAAAGAGCUUAGAGACAUGAUCUGGGACGCUGCUAUUCGAGACGACCGGCCGGCUGCCCACUUCUUCUCUCCCAGUCGCCUGAAAAAUGGCUUGGAAUUUUCCGACGAGUGUGUCGUCUUUGGCUUCAGCGACGGUCCGUCCUUGGAGGAGCGCCGAUACAUUGGACGGUGGUUGUCGGUAACAACUCAGCAGGCCCUGAGACAGCGAUUCGGCCAGCCGGCGGUCAACCCGUCAGCAUAUCUAGAAGACGGCGGGCUCUGGACGGCUUGCAAGGAAUCCCACGAAGCUGUCAGAAGGAGGAGGAAGAGACAAGCUGGCGGCAUAGCUAUGGCUUGGCCGACGACAAUGUGGCGGUGGCCUCGCACAGCCAUCCAUCAUGCGACCAUGACUGGCUAUUUCGACAACAAGGGAACCCGUCAAUACUUCGCCAUCGGUGUGGAUGACCUUAUCUGUUGGCAGCCGCUCGAUUUCAAUCGUUGCUUCCAGCUCGACGAUGUACCAUUCUCCAACUUCAAUCUUGGUAAGCCCUUCGCUCUGCGCAACGUCGCCUUCGAAUUCGACCCGGACUGGGAACACCCGGAGGACGUGCAUAAGUACGAGGACUUUUGGCAUCAAGAAAGCUCCCUUGGCGCCAUAGCCGAUAUCGUCUCACAGCCGGAGAUCCAUCUCUGGUUCAUUGACUACGGCAUCCAGCGAGACGCUGCAUCGACGGCCGUUGUCAACGACGCCCGUGACGAACGCAAGAUAUUCUACGGCAACGGGUGCAGGUUUGUCGAGGUCCGGGGCUCGGACGAUGGAUGGGUCUAUCCCAGGCUUGAGAGCGGCGAGCCUGCCCGGGGCACCGCACUUUAUUUCGCCCGGCAAUUGGAUGAAGGCAUGAAGGACUAUGAAAGAGUGCGCAAUUACGAAAGGAUCAUGGACAGGAGCCAGGCGUCAGACGCGUUAACAGAGGAGAUUGAGGAGCGAGACGGUGCCGUCCUGGGGGUGCUGGCGUGCGAGUACAGUUGGUCGAGCUAG